UUGCCCAAAUUUUCUCCUCAUAUAGGAUGUCAGACGGUCAAUGACAUUGAAGACCGUAUUAAGACAAUGUUAUCAAAGAGUCAGUCCCAGAUGUUUUGUAGUAAAAGUAUAUUUGGUUUCUUCACGAAGAAGAAAGAUUGUGUCGUCCAAGCCCUGUUAGGGAGAUGCAUUAUGUCACUUGAAACUAGGGAAAGUUCUACAAGUGCCAUAGUCAUUCGAGCAAAGGGCACAAUUCUUCAUAGAGAGUUUGCUUUGGUGACUGGUUUGAAUUGUGCUACAAAUAAGGAUGAAUUUGUGUUUGACAAAGAGCGUCCAAAUAGAAUUAUUGAUCAAUAUUUUGAUGGUGAGAGUUUUGUACAGAAAAAAGAUAUAUUUGCGGCUGUUUCUGACAAAAUUUGGGGGAAUGCUAACGAUGAAGAUGCGUUAAAGUUUGCUAAUUUGUAUUUUAUUCAUGCAUUCUUACUAUCGUCAGUUGAUACCGUAGUUAUUCCAUGCCUCCACUUUGAUUUGGUUGAGAGUGGUCGCUACAGUAAUUAUCCGUGGGGAUCGGUUGCAUUUGAAGAAUUAGCUAGAAGCUUGCAUAAAAAGUUGAAGCCGAAAGGAAAGUUCUAUAUGCUUCUUGAAAUGCCACUGGCCAUUCAAAGUUGGUUGUACGAGUGUUGUUCAAACGUGCCUCGUAAUGUUGCUUCCAAGGUGCAUUCUCAAAUCCCACGUAUUUUGAAUUGGAAGACAAAUUCUCCUCGUCCAAGAUAUGAAACUCUUAUAGGAAGUAUGUUUGAUGAUACAGAUGACAAGGUUGUUUUUGAGAAUAUCGAACCAACAAGAAAGAAGAUUUCAGUUUUUCAUAUACCGAAGAAGCUUGUUUCUGGAUCUGCCAGUCAUAAUAAAGAUGACACUGAUUCGGAUGAUAAUUUUCAGGAUCCUCCACAAAGAUAAAAUCAAUUUACCACAAAGAAAAAACAUCAUGGCGAUUCAUCAGCUUCACCUGUAAAGAAAAAUUGAAGCCACAUCCUAAAGGUGUAGAUGAGCAGGCAUCAAAACGGACCCCUCCACCUCGUGCUACAAAGAUGCCUUUUGUCAGGACUCUAAUUCACAAGCCAAUUCAAACAAAAGCUACGCUACGUGGAAAUAGGAAAGACAUAAAUCAGCCUGUCAGUAAAAAAUCUAUUCCGGUUCAGUCACCUGAUCCGUCUUUGUUCAGUUCUGAAGAUGAAGACGGUGUUGUCUCGAAGGAAGUCUUUGAUAAGUUUUGUGAAAAGGUAUGGCAAGAGUUUAAUGAUGUCUGUGGCCUAGUGUCUUCCAGGUUUGAUCGGAUGAUGAAUGCAAUUAAUGAAAAUAAGAAACAAGCAAAGGCAACGAAUCUGAUCAGCCACCAGCGGAUGAAAAUGUUAAGAGUACAUCACUCCAUCAAGCGACUACAAAGUUUGUUCACGAGUUUAAUAAGAAUCCUGAAGGCACAUUGGUUGCCGAAGAGAUGGCAGGAUAUCAAAGCAAUAAUAUGAAUGAUGUGUAUAAUGAGAUUGAUGGGUAUAAUGAGGAUAAUGACAUUGUUCUGGUAGAGCAUUUUUUUCUUUUUUUGGUUAGGUAUAGUUAUAUUGAUGAAUAAUACUUAUUUUAUUUUUUUAUUAUUUCAUUUUUGAAAGGAAAAAACUGAUAUAGAUGUGCAUGAAGCAAGAGAUGUAUGUGUUGCUCCGGUAUGCUGAAUACAUAUAGGUUAGUUUUUUAGUUCUUCAAAAAUAUUAUUUUAUUUAAUUUGUAUGAACAUGUGUAGAACACAAAAUCAGUUGACAAAAGAAUUGGUGACACACAAAUAUCAGAAUUUCAGUUCAAAUUUUCAGAUGACAUCCUUAGAAGCAUUGAUCUUAACUCCAUAACAAAAGCCAAUGUCGAAGUUGAAGAUGAGUUGAAGGUAUCUAGAAUACGUGCAUUGAUUGCUAUUUUUAAUUUGUUGGAAAAUGCAAUCUUACUAGAUCUUUAUAAAAUUUAUACAAAACAAAGAAGGUGCGAUCGAGAUGAAUGUAAAUACACCAGAGGAACAUAAGUCAGAGGUUAAUGAUGUGGAUAAAUCAAAGUUAGA